AUGGGUAGGGUGAAGUUGGAAAUAAAGAAAAUUGAGAAUAAUACAAAUAGGCAAGUGACGUUUUCGAAGCGACGCAAUGGCCUCAUCAAGAAGGCUUACGAGUUCUCUGUUCUUUGCGAUAUAGAUAUCGCGCUCAUCAUGUUCUCUCCUUCUGGCAGGCUCAACUGCUUCUCCGGUCGCCGGAGGAUUGAAGAUGUUAUUGAGAAGUGCAUUAAUGUGCGAGAGCAUGACAAAGGAGGGUAUGCCAUUUAUUUAAGUUAUUUGAUGAGGACUCUUAGCAAACUCAAAUAUGAGAACGAUAUGGCUACCCACCAAGCCAACCCGGAGAUGCUGAAUAUAAACUCCAAAGUAGAGGAACUCCAGGUAGAGCUUAAUGCUUGUCAACAACAACUGCAAAUACUUGAAAAACACUUAAGAUUUUUUGAGGCUGAUCCUGUGCCUCUCUACUCUUUCAUAUCUUUGAGCGAGCUCGAAUCAUACCAGAAAUUUUUUAUGGAAUCUUUGGCACGUGUUUCUAAGAAAAAGAAUUUCUUGUUGGGCAAUCAUCUUCCCGCCUACGAUCCAUCCCUGACGAGCAUACCGAUGAACCUGCAGCUUGAACAAGAAGGAAUGCGAAACCCCUUGAGCUACGAUCACAUACAGUGGAUCCAGAAUAGCUUUGGUAGGCCAAACCAAUCAUGGUUCUUCACUUCAGAUCCUCUCGCGCCCCUCAGGUACGAAGAUUUCGUCCAACGAGGCAGGAAUCACGAGAUGUGUGAGCCGAUGUCAGCUCAAAUGGACCAACAAGUGGGAGUCGACACGUGGCAACAAGGCUAUGCAUCUAUAGAGCACUUAUCGGCAUCGAUCCCUCCCGCGCCGUUAAUAACCCAGGUGUUUAAUUGA